GAUCGUUGUACGUGCAGUUCUUUCUUGUAUAUCUUUGUAAAUCUUAUCAUAUUUAAAAAACGGAUUCCUGAAUCACUGCACUUAUGGUGAGUUAAGAUUCGAUUCUCUUCAGAUGAAUAUUCAGCACAUGGGUGUGGCGCGUACAAAGCUGCCUUGAGAUGAACAACUCCAGCUCGAACGAAACAGAUGACUGCUACCCGUCUGCACAUCCUGAAAAGAUGGUAUUCGUAGGCCUGCAUCUAGCUGUGAUCCUGAUCGGCAUCCCGUCCAAUCUCUUCUUCCUGUUUGUGUCGUAUCGGCUCAUCCGUCAGAAGAAUGAGCUGGGCGUCUAUCUGUUUAACCUGGCUCUCUCGGACUUCUUGUUUAUCAUGUGCUUACCAGUGUGGGUUCAAUACGGCAUUUACGACGAAUGGCCUCACGGCAAGACGAUGUGUGUUGUUUGUGUUUUCCUGCUCUUCACGAACUUCUACACCAGUGCUGUGCUUCUGAGCUGCAUCGCCGUGGAUCGCUACAUAGCCAUCGUUCACCCGCUCCAAUUUUGCACUUUUAGAAAGCGCAAGACUGCGGCCAGCGUGAGCAUUGCUGCUUGGAUUUUUACUGUUGUAUUCAAUGCAAUGACCGUGCAUCCAGACAGUAUCUACGAUGGGAAUAACUCAGUCUGCUUGGAUUUAUUUCCUUUGCCCCAAAGGCAAAAAAUAGUCAACGUUGCUCGUUUUGUUGUAGGCUUCCUCAUUCCUGCAUUGGUUGUGGGUUUCUGUUAUUGGCGGAUAUGUUCGGAUGUGAAGAGAAACCAAACACUUGGGUCAAUGGAGCGCCGGCAUGUCUUCAAGCUUCUUGGAUGCAUUUCGUUGACCCUUUAUUUGUGUUUCGGACCUGUGCACAUCAUGAUGGUUUUGAGGAUUUUGCUGGAGGGUUGCCCAUAUCCCAACUGGCUCUUAAUUGGAUAUAAGGUCUGCGUCUUCCUCGCGAUGCUCAACUGCCUGGCCGAUCCACUCCUGUACUGCCUCACAAGCAGAACGGGUCAAGCCAGCGCUUCAACUGUGUUACUCAUCCUCAGGAGAACAUGGAAGAAAGAGUGUCAAAAAGAGAUGGAACAACAAAACAACCAAAUCCUUGGAACCGUUCCAAUCACAAAAGCACCCUUUAGGACUGCCUUCAGCACUGACCGCUUGUGAUCGGAUCAUGCUGAUGUUUAUAUAUGCUAUCCACCUUUUUCUUGCCGUACAAAUGCAAAUUCUAUGGGUCUAGCUUCCGGUCUAUUUUUAGCUGUACAAAACAAUUCGUUUUGCUGCUUGAUAUUGAAAAUUGGUGUGUCUUACCAUAUUAUUUUAAUGUAUUAUCUUAAUUAUGAUCACACUGGUUUGUAGAGCAGUUUUACCGUUAAUGAACCGGACGUCUUACCCAUAGGCUUACUUCUGCAUUGAAGAAAAAGGUGGAUGCUGUUUUCAAAAAGAGACUGGACUAAAAACUGAGGAAUGAAAUUAAGCUUUACAACUUUACAAGCUGUACGUUCAAACACAAACUGUCUAUCUAAGCUCAAUUGUCUACAACAUCCAGGUUGUAAAAUGUUCAAACAAACUAUUCCUUUAUUAAAAAUCACCGAAAGAAAUGAUAAGGUAUCUUUAAUAAAGGAAAAGUUGACAUUUAAACACAAAGACUGACCAUGAACUGUCUGUCUGCAUCAAAACAAUGUAUACUUACGAAAAGCCUUGGUUUUUGAGAAAUGAGAACAGUGUUUCAUCAGAAUUUCCCGUUGGUUUCAUUUAGUGUGGGCACCAGGUCGCACAGUUUCAUUUUCACACUCUCUUCCCUAUAUUUUGCUCAAAAUAUUAUAAACAUCUGAAGUGUAACAUUAAAUAUAUUCUGAGUGUGAUAUAUUAUACAAGGCUGUGUCCAACUUUGAUAGCAACAUUGCCUUGAUUUUUCAAUAAUACAAUUUUCCUAUACUAAUGCGUACUGUUUAUGACAUAAAACUACACAACUGUUCAAAGGUUUGGGGUAUAUGCAAUAUUUAACAUUGAUACACGAUGUGAGUGUGCGUGUGUGUGAAUAGACCAAUUUGGAGUAGACGUCAGGUGCCACAAAAACACUGGUAACAAGUGGAGGGAAACGGCUAAAAUCCAUGGAAUAAGGGGAAAAAAAUGAGUUGUGCCUGUGGAUGUCAUCUGAAGCUAAACGCAGAUGUUUAAACAGACAGACUAUGGAUAAAAACUGCUAUGAUUACUUUUAAUGCAUAAAUUUGAUUUAAAGGAUAGGUCUGCAUAAUAUUCACAUUAGGGAUAUGCCGGUAUCAAAUUUUCAUGUUGCGAUUAAUAGCAAAUGCUUUUAUCACGGAAUACGGUACGAUAUUGAAAUUUAGUUGCAAAAAAAUGUUGUCAUAAAACAGUAUAACAGGUUUACUAACUUUUUUCUUAUAACAAAAAUAACUGAAAAUUUAAAUACAAUAAAGCAGUACACAAAAAGUUUAAAAUGUUACACAUUAAAGUGCAAAAGAAUUAUAAAGACCAAUAGGUAUCACUUUACAGUAAGACCUCAUUAGUUAACGCAUUAACAUUCACAUUUAGCAAUAUUUGCUACAGAAGGUUAAUCUGUAUUAAUCUAUUAAUCUUUAGUUCAUGUUAGCUCAUUAAAUAACACCGUUGCAGCUUUUGAUUUUAACUAAGUGUCAUUAAAUAUUGGAAUUACCUAAGAUUAAUGAAUGUUUAGAAGAUUUUUUCAUUGGCAGUUUGUUAACUAAUGAAUUAAGUAAUGUUAACUAAUGAAGCCCUAAUGUAAAGUGUGUGACCGAACAAUAAAGAAACUAAACACUUUCAAACAAUAUCUAGGGCAUGUAGUCCAGAUUAAAAUGCAAAAAAGUUUGACAAUAAAUAGCCUAUUAAGUCUAAAUAUUUAAGUAUUUGGCACAGAAAUCUGAAUGGCUAUUUAAAUCAUUUAAACACCUUUCAGAAACAGAAAGUAGCGCAGCUGUACACUUUUGUCAAGUGUACUGCAUUUUAUGCGUAUUUCAACAGGUAAAAAAGACUGCAUGAGCUAAAUGACUUGAUUGCAUUCACGAGUGUUUUUGACCGAUUAUAGCUCAUGCAGUCCUUUUUACCUGUUGAAAUACCUUUAAAUGGCCAAUAAAACCCACAAAAUGCAGUUGCCAAAAAGUGAUUACAAACGACAAUCAGUUUUCGGCAGACGAUCAAUUUUCGCCACGACACCGGCGGCGCAUGUCUAAUUCACAGUUCAUAGGGGUUAUAUUGUAUUAGACCUACAGUUACAACACAAAAAUGUAAACCUAUUACUAUUAACGUUACAUAACAUUUUUAUUUUCUCACAAUUCUCACUUUUUUUCCUCGAUAAACUGCUACUUGAAAACUGUCAUUUUCUGCCACCAGAUAUGCUCCGCCCACAAAAUAAUGUCUGCUUUCAAAUGAAUCCAAUUCAAAUGGAAAACAAAUAUUCUCAAAUUAUGUAAUCCUUAUGAAACAUGCAUACAGGUGCAUUCAACUACUGCGGAGAUGACGAGUCGGCGUCGCUGACUUCAAUGCGAAUAAUAAGUUGCUUGGAUUUGUUGAAUUUAAACAUGAAUAUGUCUAUGAAAUUGUAUUACUGUACCCCUCUUGGCCCUAAUCAACAUUCAUAAAUCUUCCCAUCUUCUACUUUCAUGCCAGUGUUCUUUGUCAUAUCAUCUCAAUCAUCUUGUAAACCAAAAGCUUUUGUCAUCAGCGACUAUUGGCAUUGAAACCUCCACCCACAUCCUUCACCUCAUUCCCGACAACAUCAUUGAUCAACCCUAUGAUGGGAAACAUGAUCUAACUGGAUGGUCUUUGCUCGCUUAACCUAAACACGUCUGCGAGUUCCCUAGCGAUGCUUUUAUUGAUGGACCUAAAUCCGAUAGUUCCUCUCAACUCAUCCUGUAGGAUCAGAUGCUCAACUCGCUGUGUCAGCAGCAGACAUCUGGGGUUUUGAGACCAUUUCGAUACCUUCAUACCCUUGAUGUGCCCUUAGUGAGACGUAACUUGGUUACAUAAGCUUCAGACUUCAGAGCAUCAAUAUCAUCUAUCUUUCAUCAUUCUGUCAGGUUUCUACACGUGCGUUGAUAUUGCAAAACAUAGUUAUAAUGCAAUCUAAUUGACAUUAGAAUUAUUUUUUAUUAAACUGAAAAACAAAAGUGUAGGAUUUACUUUUAAACACUUUUCAUUUAGAAAUUUCUCCAAAAUUAUACAAAUAAUUACAAAGAAAUGGCAAGUAACACACUGAAUUAAGCAUGACAUUUAGAAAGACCAAAAUUGUCUUGUAAUUAUCUAAUUAGUUCAAGGUAUUUUCUUGUAAAAUGUACUCCAAUCAUCUUCUUUUUUGCAGUGCACAAAUUAUAUUAUCAAAAAGCAAUGUUAUCUGACCCAAGUAUCUCAUAUGCAAACAACACAGACAUCCACAAACCAACACCCACUGAUACAAACCGUACACAAGUACCAUCACACACACCCGUUUAAAUGGUAGUAAAAGCACCAUAUGCUAACUUCCUGUCUAAGUUCCUGUUCUUAGCCAGAAUAAGCUUUCAUACAAAUAUAUAUAUAUAUAAUGUACACACACACACAACUGGUUGCUGAUCUUAGUUUAACAGGAAAUAGUCAAAUGCUUUCAAAUGUGUGCAAAUAAAUGCAAGUGAAGAAAUACUAUAUUGUAUAGGUCUGUAUAACGAGAAUAAAUGU